ACAGGUGGAGGGGCGGGGCUCCGUUGCUAGGAAGGCCGCAGGAAGACCGAGGUUUCGUUGCUAUGACGGCGUGACCAGGCCGUUGGGCUUCUCCUUGCACGGAUCCUACACGGGAGAGCUAAGAAAAUGAUGCUCUCACGAGCAAAACCUGCUGUCACCGGAGAGACGCUGCAGAUGGAUAAAAAGAAGAAAAAAGGGAAAAAAAUUCCAAAGCUUGAGGAGUAUCUUACAAACAGAGACUAUUCUGGGGCUCUAACCUUACUGGAGUUUAAGCGGCAUGUGGGCGAGAAGGAGGAUGACAUUGACUUGUGGAUGGGAUACUGCGCAUUCCACCUAGGAGAUUAUAGGAGGGCUAUGGAGGAAUAUGAGGCUCUGACAAAGAGUGAAGACAUUCACCCUGAUGUUUGGGUGAAUCUGGCAUGUACUUUCUUUUACUUGGGAAUGUAUAAGGAAGCAGAGGAAGCUGCAACGAAAGCUCCUAAGAGUCGACUGCAGAAUCGCCUGUUGUUUCACCUGGCUCACAAGUUCAGUGAUGAGAAGAGAUUGAUGAACUACCACCAGAAUCUGCAGGACAUCACUGAGGAUCAGCUCAGUUUGGCUUCAAUCCACUAUAUGCGCUCCCAUUACCAGGAGGCCAUUGAUAUCUACAAGCGUAUCCUGCUCGAUAACCGGGAAUUUAUGGCCUUGAAUGUGUAUGUGGCACUGUGCUACUAUAAGCUGGAUUACUACGACGUCUCCCAGGAAGUUCUGGCAGUUUAUCUGCAACAUUAUCCCGACAGCACCAUUGCGUUGAACCUGAAAGCCUGCAACCACUUCCGACUCUACAAUGGAAAGGCAGCAGAGGCAGAACUGAAAAAUCUAAUGGACAUUGGUUCCCCUGUGUUUGAUUUUGCGAAAGAGCUCAUAAAGCACAACCUGGUGGUGUUCCGGGGUGGAGAGGGUGCCUUGCAAGUGCUCCCGCCUCUUAUUGAUGUCAUUCCUGAAGCCAGGCUCAACCUAGUCAUUUAUUACCUGCGACAAGAUGACGUGCAAGAGGCUUAUAAUCUUAUUAAGGACCUGGAGCCAACAACGCCACAGGAGGAGCCAAGCCUGUUUAAUCUUUCUUCUGAGGACAAUUCCUCCAUCCCAGGGACUCAUCUGGAAUAUAUAUUGAAAGGUGUGGUGAAUGCAGCACUGGGACAGGAACAGGGCUCGAGGGAGCACCUGAAGAUUGCACAACAGUAUUUUCAGCUGGUUGGAGGAUCUGCCAGUGAAUGCGAUACUAUCCCUGGGCGGCAAUGUAUGGCUUCCUGUUUUUUCUUGCUGAAACAAUUUGAGGAUGUUUUAAUCUACCUCAACUCUGUCAAGAGUUACUUCUACAAUGAUGACCUCUUCAACUUCAACUAUGCACAGGCGAAAGCAGCCGUUGGCAAUUUCAAGGAAGCUGAGGAAGUGUUUCAACUGAUUCAGAACGAGAAGCUGAAGAACGACUACAUUUACCUCAGCUGGCUGGCCCGUUGCUAUAUCAUGAACAAGAAACCACGCCUGGCGUGGGAGCUCUACUUGAAGAUGGAGACCUCUGGAGAGUCUUUCAGCCUCCUACAACUCUUGGCUAAUGACUGCUACAAGAUGGGACAGUUCUACUAUGCUGCGAAAGCUUUUGAUGUUCUUGAGCGCCUGGAUCCAAAUCCGGAAUAUUGGGAGGGAAAGCGUGGAGCUUGCGUUGGUAUCUUCCAAAUGAUCCUUGCAGGCCGUGAACCAAAGGAGACCAUGCGGGAAGUUCUCCAUCUCCUUCGAAAUACUGGGAAUCCUCAGGUGGAAUACAUAAUCCGCACCCUAAAGAAAUGGGCCAAAGACAACCGAGUGGCUAUCUAAAUGUGGUGAGAGAAAGGGCAAUGAAUGAAUGAAUUAGGCUGACACUGGGUGGAGCUGUGGCUUUAAAUGGUUUGUUUCUGAUUUUUCCCAGGAACCCGUGGGCUGUCAUUACAGGGCCCCAAAGAACAAAGAGUUCGCACAAAGUGAAAUAUUGCAACGUGGCCCUCUGUGGGAAAACACUUGCUUCUUUCAGACUGGCUAUAAGUAAUUUACAUUUAAAUUGCUUUCGAUACAGUUUUUAAUUCCAUCUUUUUUUCUCAUCCUCACUUUGCGGAUGGAGAAUGGAUCAAAUAUUUCAGCACCUGUGCCGCACAAUCACACAGGCACCGAUUUAUUUUCUCCACGUCCAUUAAUGUGAACAGAGAAAGGUUGCAGGUCAGCACUUGUGGGCUGCAUGGUUCUCAAGUGGGUUCAUAAAUUACAAAACCUCCUUCAUAUCCUUUGCAGCGUUGUUGUUGUCAACGCCACUCCCUUCCCCCAUUCACCCAUUAAAGCAUGAACAGGAAAGUUUCAUUCGGAGCCACAGGCAUCUGCCUUCUGCUCACUGAUUUCACUGCGUGUGUGUGUGUGUAUGUGCGAUUGGGCUGUGUGUCAGCCAGUGCGGCAGGAUGAGCAAGAUUAUCGUUUAAAACAAAGGUGGCCGCAGGAAUCUAGCACCAGCAACGAAAUGUGUGACUACGGAGGCCAGUUACAGCUUUAAGCAGCUCCCCCACCCACCACCUCCAUGGUUUUCCACCCACUAAAUGGAUAGAAUAAGCAAGGCAAAUCCAUGAAUCGGCAGAAAUGGAUCUGAAAGGCAUCAGGCAACCCACAUGAGGUGCUCAAUCAUUGUCAGUGUGAAACGAUCGCCAACUAUGCGGUUGGGAACAGGGAGAUGCUCAGAGCUGGAAAAUAAUGUACAGUGUCGCAUGACUAGAUAUGGGUGUGUGCUUGUACUUGCCUUUCCUGGUGCGCUGUGUUGUGAGGUGUGUUCUGUAUGGAGUAGCUUGCAGCCAUCGCCAAGACAUGCAGGCAAAGACUGGUUAUUUGUGUGAGGCACCAGCGUGUGUCCCAUGCCUGAAGGACCGUACUAAUCCACACUUCGAGGAGAACACUGUCCCACAAAAUUCUGUUUAAAACAAUAUUGAUAUUAACGACACUACAGUUUUCCGAAUGUUCUUUCUUCGUAUAUUUACAUUCCUCUUGUAUAAUUAAUACCUUUGAACAAAAAUUUGUAACUUAUUUUAUGUAAAUAAAAAAUUAGUUUCUGA